AUUAAGCCUGUGGUCGAAGACAUAUAUGAUCAAUAUGGCUCUCAAAAUCUGUACAGCUCUUGCUUUGCUCCGCUUGUUCCUUUUGCUGUCAAUAUGUUCGUUCGGAGCGAGUCGUGCUCUUGUGGACGAUAUCCAUUGCUUGAAAGCUAUUAAAGCUUCCCUUGAAGACCCUUAUGGUUACUUGGCUUCAUGGGACUUUAACAACAACACAGAAGGUUUCAUCUGUAAAUUUAUAGGAGUAGACUGCUGGCAUCCUGAUGAGAACAAGGUCCUUAACAUCAGAAUCACCGAUAUGGGGCUUAAGGGCACUUUCCCAAGAGGACUUGGACGCUGCAGAAGCUUAACUGGUUUGGACCUCUCCAACAACAAACUCCACGGACCCAUUCCAUCCGACAUAGGGACUUUGCUUCCUUCUGUGACAAGUCUUGAUCUUUCCUCCAACAACUUUUCAGGUGAAAUCCCAAAGAGCCUAGCAAAUUGUACUUAUCUAAAUGUCCUAAAGCUCGAUCACAACCGACUCACCGGCAAUUUGCCUAAGGAACUUGGUUUGCUUAGUAGGCUCAAAAUGUUUAGCGUGGCGGACAAUCUGCUUUCAGGACCAGUUCCUGAUUUCCUAACAGGAGCGAGGAUGGAAACGUAUGCGAACAAUAGUAAACUUUGUGGGGGGCCGUUGAGACGUUGCCGGCUCAAGCAUAAGAAGAAAUUCGAUGAUGAUCCAUUCAGAACUGGGUUUCAAGUUGGCUAUUUUGUUUCGGCUGCAGCUGCGUUUAUUUUGUUUUCUGUGUCCUGGCUGCAAGUGAAGAGCAUAAUCAAGAUGAUAUUAUUUUCUAUGGUGCCGGUGCAAAACAGGCUCAGAAGAAAAGAAGCUGAUCAACUACUUCACCUUCCAACUCUCAAGAACAAAUAUGAGGUUUCACAGCUUGAAAAACUGGUUAACAGAAUGAGUUUUACUGAACUCAGUAAGGCAACAGACAAUUUCAGCGAGGACAAUGUAAUAGGAAAGGGAAAGACGGGGACAAUGUACAAGGCCACUCUUCAAAACGGCUGGUUUCUUGCGGUUAAGAGAUUAAACGACUCACCGCAAUUCGAGAGCCAAAUCGUGUCUGAGCUCUUGGGUUUGGCUAGAAUAAGGCAUGGCAACAUAAUUCCUCUCUUGGGUUUCUGCAUGGAAGAAAAUGAAAGACUUCUGGUUUACAAAUACAUGUCAAAUGGGAAUCUCCAUGAUUGCUUGCAUCAUGUGCAAUGUGAGGCUAAAAUCUUGGAAUGGCCUAUGAGGAUCAAAAUUGCCAUGGGAAUAGCAAGAGGCUUGGCCUGCCUCCACCACAAGUGCAUUUUCCGAGUUGUCCAUCGUAACAUAAGCUCAAGAUGUGUCUUACUCGAUCGUUAUUUCGAGCCCAAGAUAUCGAAUUUCGGAUCUGCUAUCAUGUCAAAUUACGGAGGGGCAAUGUUUGUGUACCCGAAUGAGAAUGAAUCCGGUUUGUUCGUGAAUAGUGGGGUGUGGGAAUCAGAUUUUGUGAAGAAGGAUGUCUACGACUUUGGGAUUUUGUUGCUCGAGUUGAUUACUGGGAAGGAAACCAUCACUACUUCUUCUUAUAGGAAUCUUCACAAUACUUUAGUAGAAUGGAUCAACCAUCUUUCAACAAGCUCCUAUGUUUUCGAUGAUGCCAUUGACAAGGCUUUGAUUGGGCAUGGAUUUGAUGGUGAGAUAUUGCAGGUGCUGGGAAUAGUAGCAGAUUGUGUUCAUCCUUUUCCGUAUGAGAGGCCAACAAUGCUUCAAGUAUACAAAAGAAUUAGCCAUAUUGGAGAGAAAUAUGGCAUCCCAUGUGAUUUUGGAAUGCUGCUCUAACAAUCAAGACUAUUCAGCUACAAUUGGAGUCAAACACGUAUUAUGUUUGAUACCCAACGAAGCAGAAUAAAUCUUUGUUAAGAAUGACAACUAGUAAUAAUAAAGUGGAAAUUGAUGA